AUGGCCGUAACCAUCGUGACCGUAGUAAUGGCGACCGCGUUGGCCGCCACUUUAGUAUCUGCCACAGUUCGACCGACGGUGUCCACGGCGCAGGUAUCGACUGAUGUACCGUCGGCCCUAAACCGGACUUCGAGAGAACUCCGUGUGGAGCCCGUGGCAGAAAAUUCUACCUCGGACUCCCCGGAACACAGGAUGGCCGGUCGGAAAUUGAGCGCCGACGACGAUUAUCGCACGCUGUCGUCAAUGACUUCGGACGUGGUUGUCGAAGCUUCGGCUACGGCCACCGGACCCAAAGUAUACCCUUCGCUGACGACGGGCGCGCCGGCCGGGUUCGUCACGCGCGGCCGAUACAUUCGAAAUCCGUUUGGAAAUUUUGGCAAGGACGACCAAGAAAUGGAAUUUGAUGACGACCAACACGCCGAUUUUAUGUUCACCGGUGGCGGAGGCGGUGGAAUGCCAAAAUGGAACAGGUGCGAAAUCCGUUUUCGAUAGUAAUUAGUAUUUUCCAUUUUCGAACAAUAAAUAUUGGGUAGUCUUCAAUGGCUUUUAGGUUGAUUGAUAAAUCAUUUUCGGGAAUAUCAUUGAUAUUAAUAGAUUUCAAAACUACAAUCUCAAUACGAAUUCAGAAUAGCAAUAGAAUUAACAAUUAAUUAUAAUUCAUUUGAAUAUAUUAUUUCUUACUUGUAACUUUAAGGUACUUACAGUAAAAUAUAAAUGCAAAUUUUAUUGUCUUAUUAAUAGAGUGAUUAAAAUCUUAAAAAUAAAUCAAUGAGCGUCGUUGAAAACUCCACACUUACUGUUCAUAACCGCACAUUUUACAUUAUUCAAUACCAUACACAUUGUGCCCAUUGUUAAAAAUGGAAAUUUGAUAGAUCGAUAAUUCAAAACCGCAUACAUUUGAUUGGCCGUGAAAAACAUUAUAUGUGGAAUUAGAGACCCAAUGAGGUCACUCGCUCGAUGCACUCGGACAAUUUUAAUCGAAAAUAAUCCUCGAUUUAUUGGGCAAAAUCACAUUCGAUAAGUUUCAAAGUAAAAUCAGUGCAGUAUUGAAAGUUAUCAUUUUGGAAAAACUAUACAUAAAAAUGUGCGGCUUUGAACGAAGACCUUUUUUGAAACUGUGCGGUUAUGACGACCGCCGAAAUUACUGUGUUUAGCCUCUUGAGUAUUGAUUGUUAAUUUGUUUGUUUUUUUUUUUUAUAUUAUAUUUUCAAAAAACAAAACUAACCAGUUUAAAGCAACUAUUUAAGCAAUAAAACCUAUUGAAAUCAAAAUCAAAAGUUUAUAACUCUAAAGGAAAUUAUUAUUAAUUUAAUUUUGGUAGGUACUUUGUAAAAAAAUGGUUAUAACUUCAUAUUUCAUUUCAAGAUAAAACUUACGAUUAUUUCCUCAUCCGUUCUUUUUAAUUACUUUUUUUUCGCGUGCGUUUUUAGACUUUGAUAAUUAUUAUUAUUCGAAAUAAACAACACGUGAAUAGGGCACCCGCGGGUCCGCAUACAAUUUUUAAUCAGCAUUUAUGUUAUUAUCAUAAAUUCAAAAAAAUAAAAAAUAUAAUAAUAAUUAUUUUAGCAACAUUUAUAAAACGUUUCCGAUUAUACUGACGAUAAGAUUUUUAAAACGAAAUUUUUAACUAAAAAUAAAUAAAAAAAACCUUCCUCGAAUGUGUUAGACAGUAUAGUGACUCACGUUUAACCUUUUUUAUAAUACCUAAAAUUAGGCAAAAAAUGCUUUUGGUAACGUUAAAAAAACAAAUAUCUAAAUAAUGACAAGUAAAUAAUAGGAAUAUGUUUAAACUAACGAAAAAAUAACGGCUCUUUUUAACCAGGACUAAAAAAAUACACCUCUAGAAUAGGACCCGCUAUGUACCCGCUGCAGAAUUAAUAAUAUAAAAAUAAUAGUUUCUGUAAACCUUUUUUUUUUUUUUUAUGGACAUGACGAGUAUAGUUUAAUAAAUGAAGGUAUUUUAAAAAAGUUGAAAAAAAAAUAGUAAUAAUGAAAAAAAUUGAGACCCGUCGUCGGAUUUUCGUUUUGUGUCAUUUGCCCGUGCAUUUACAUAUCAUAUGUUAUGCCCCGUUCGUUAUAAAACAGUUCUAAUUAAGUUAUCAUAAUACAUAUUAAAGAGAGGGACAUACUUCAUAUGGUAUGUGGGCAACUGUUGCAUGUGAAAAGUUGGGAAGGUAGGAUAUAAAGGGACAUUUAACUACCCAACGAUAGACCAUUGCUAACGAAAAACUGUUCGGAGCGAAGUAGUUUUGUUUAAACAAGUACAUACAUUUUCUCAGUUUUUCCCAAUUGUUAUGAAAACCAUUUGGAAAAUCGAAAAAUUAUUUACUCAAAGUACCAAAAACAUAAAAUUUCCCUUCAAAAAAAGAUGCAUUAGAGCAAGACUUCUGGUAGAAAAGUUGCUCAUAGGAAAAAAAUAAAAAUAAAUAAACAUCAUUACAAAACCAAUACAUUGCUCACUAUGGUCUGAAUUUAUAAAAUAAUCCACUUGAUGUCAAGGGUUUUCCAUUUAUUUAAUGUAAAUAAUUAAUUUACUCGACAAUGUUUUUUGACUUAAAGACUUUGCGUGAUAUUAACUCUUCAACUUGAUCGAGUAGUAACGAAACGCCAGAAAAUGUUGUAUUAUCAAGGGAAAUAUAUUUAUAUGUCAUAAACAUAUAUACUGAAAAAGUAAAAAAAAAAAAAAUGAUAUCUUGAUAGGUUAUAAUAAUAAUAAAAAAAGGACUAUGAAUUUUAAAUGUAUUAUUGAUAAUGCGCUUAUCAACAGGUACAACACCAAUCACAGGCAGCUAAACAAAUUUAUGACGACGCCCAUAGAAGCAGACAUCACUGUGGACGAGGACGGGUCGGCCGGUUACGGAAGUGCGUUCGACUUUGGCGGUGGUGGGGGUGGUAUGGGAUAUGAUGCGGGAAAUUACAGGAACCCUGGAGGCGGUAUGGGAUACGAUUCCGGGAAUUACAGGAAUCCCGGAAUGGGAUGGGCGGACGGUGGUGGUGGUAUGAUGGGCUGGUACAACGAACCAAUAGCGCAGGCAUCGCGCCCACUUCCCAUUAUCGCCGAGAUCCGGCACCCGAGUAGCAGCGGCAGCAGCAGCAGCAGCAACAAGAUGUCCAUCGACAUGACCAAAAUCGGUAUGUUAGCCUUGAUGAAAAUCGCCAUUGCCAAGCUCAAGGCUCUGGGUUUCAUCAAGGCCAUGCUUCUGGUGAUGUUCAAGGUCAAGCUGCUCAUACUUCUGGUAGCUAUGAAGUUCUUGAUGAUAGCCAAGUUCACCAAGCUCACUAUGAUCCUGCCUGCACUCAUGUCGUUCUUUACCAUUCCUAUGUUGUUCUCACGUCUAUCCCGUUUGCAUUCGUUAAUUAAUCAACCAGUUUUGGUACCAAACAACUUUGGUAGUGGUAGUAGUAGUAAUGUCCCGGCCACCAUGACAGGUUCAGUUACACCUUCUACAUCUGAGGAGUCUACAGAAACAGAUUCAGAAUCUAGAAGAAGAAUGAGCCGCACAGAAUCGCCGGAACCAUUGGUUCCUAGAAUGACUAACAUCGGACAAAUCAUCCGAUCAGAAAAAUGUCUGGAAAGGGUCUCUUGUAGGAUGGCUGGUGCAAAAAAACCUAGUUUGGCACUCAUCUGGUUGAAUUGGUGAGGACUUUUUUUGUAGAUUGUUGUUUUGAUAAAGAAAAAAAAAAAGGUACAAUUAGCCGGCGUUUAAUUCACGUUUUAUUUUUUAUUACAGGAUAGCGUCACCUUUAUCGACAUACAUUCCGAGCAAGAAAUUGAAAACUUUCGUAUCGACUUUUACAGAAGUGACCAAUUACCGUUUGGAUAAUUUGUAUAGUAAUCUGUUGCCGAACGAUUGGACGAAAUGGUGUAAUGAUCAUUAUACGUGCAACGAAACAACUAAAAAAAGCUAA